AUGGCUUUCUCUACAUUCAGGGCACUACCGAUUUCUGGAAACGAUGUUACUUAUGGGAAUGGGCAAGAAACUUCUCCCACAUCCUCGCCCCAACCUGUCUCUCAAGACACCCCUGCUGCCGUGACCUUUGACAACCCACCAGUAGCACUUGCGAAGAACCGUGAGGACCGGGAUUUUGACCGAGCUAUCGAACUAUCUCUUCAAGAUCAGGCCCAGGCAAGGAAACGAUCAGAUGCCCUACUGGGCUCAGGUCACCGUCGGUUGCGGUCAUGGUGUGAACCAUCAGUGGGCCUUGUCUUGAGUCUCAACAAUGAGUUCACACCCCUUAACGACAAUUCGGGUGACACAGCCAUCUAUUUCGGCUAUCCCCCACAAAUGCCAGAGCAAAGCGACAAGGACUAUGACUAUAUCAAGCACCAUUUCGAUCGAGUCCAUAUCGUUCAAAGCACGAACCUUCGGCUCAUGGGUGACGGGUCCAGGUUUACAGAAAGAGAUCUCUUGAAUCCCACCAAGUCAUUCCGUGCUGAGAGAAGGCUGAGGAAGCUCGGAGUCUUGAAUACUGCUGAGGCUGCACACGGGGGAAAGUUCAAGUACUACAUCGACCUACGCCCACCCAAAGAAGAUGACGAGGCUGUCGUACUCAUAACUGAUCUGACCUGUACGCGCGGUGUGCUCACCUGGCACCUGGCGUUGGACAAAUACGAUCUGUCUCCUCUUGCUGUACUCGGCCACGACGAAUUUGGUGUUCAGCCUUAUGUCAACGCGUUGGUAAAUCCGGUGGCUUCUUCUCAGAACACUGAAACUACAGGCCCUACCCCUCCUAGUGCUUCCAACACGACCAAGACAAGAUCGAAGAGUCAAUCCUCGGGUGACAAACCUGCAUCUACAGUCUCGGCACCCCAAAUUGCUCCAGAAUAUUCUUUGCUGCGGCAUUGGUCUGCGAUUGAACGAGUGCUCCAAGCCAUCCAAGGGAACGAUCCGAAGCUGGACUCUGCCCCAAAAGUCUGGACCUUCUUCGCUGUUGCUCGCUACCUUGGCUGUGCUAGUCAUGAGCGGAUUUCAGGGUGGAUCAUGACUUGGCUGUAUACAGGGAGUAACAGCAACUUCAUACAAAACAACCCGGAAGUGGCAUAUCGUAUUGCAAUGGGCAUUGAGUCCCCGGACCUCAUUAAAGAUGCGUUCUCCAUCCUUGUCGGCGAAAGAGCGCUUAUUGAAGCUUGUGGCGAGUUCAAUCCCGAGAUUUUGACCCUCCGCAGCCAAAGCGUACACGGUCGAAAGCUGGAGCUUCUGGACGAUGAUGAACGCAAUCGAAUUGACCACGCUGCUUCAUCUUUCGUCUCGCGAAUCCGUGGCAUGUUUUACGGUCUGUGUCAAGACAUGGACUUUCUUCAUGAGAGCGCGACCUAUACUAUGCUUGACAAUGCUGUGGGACAGACUCCGCGUGCAGUUGAAGCGCUGAAAUCAGCCAAGAGCACCGUCAAGGACUAUAUCAGGUCCAGAAUCUAUUACGUUCUAUGUCAGGAUCAAGGAGAUCUUAGCAACCUGGAGUCGGAUCCAAAGUCAACACUCCCAUUUCGAUCGGCUUCUGUUGAGGAUUACGGCACAAUCUAUCGGUCUUUGCAUCCACCAAUGAGACAUUUCACGAAGACAUUCUGGUUCGCAUUGGAGCACACUCAAUUCGUGGAGGGCAUGCACAACACGUCCAGCAGCGGCACGAUUGGCUGGAAAAAUGACACGGAGCACCUCAAAGCCCUUAAAGGGCUCUAUAAGAUCGAUCCUCUUAAUGGCAUUGUGCGAGUUCCGCGGUCCACCCUCAACCGCAAGAUCAUGGUCGUCAACCAAAUGUUUUGCAGUCAAGAGAUCAUUCGUGGGACACGCUCUCCCAAGCGUCGGAAGACUAUCGAGUUCGACGACCCUAGCCACAAUCCAUGGAAUAUUGAAAACCCGAUAUUCCUCCCAAAUGAACAAGCGCCCGUCAAUCCUUCAUGGAUGACUGCUUCAACACCGCCAGGACCAACCAUAUCUGCACCUGCCACUGAGCAUCCUGUUUUCGCACUGAGACCCAAGUCGAUAAGUACAGGAAGUUCCUUACAACAGACCAAUAACAACAUAGCCUACAACGCCUGCCGGAUACUGGAGGGUAUGUCUCAACAUCCGAGGCAAACACCACUAAACCAUGAAGGCACCAGCGGCGUUACCGGAUCUCAAUACGAGCAGGUUGCCGUGUCCGAAAAUUAUUCAGCCCCGGCGGCGCUAGUAACAGCCGCAACUACGUCUUCCUCAUCUUCAAACAUAUUUUUCGACAGUACGGCCGGCGAGUAUGAAGGAUUGAAUAUAACUGGAGACACGGGACAAAUGCAUCAUAAUCAGCCUGCCAUGUCUACUCCUCGAACCGGCAAUCGCGUCAAACAAUCCUUCUCCAAUAGCAACACUGACAAUGAAGCCACCAUGCCGUUACCUCGCAACUAUUCCUACCCCAUCGAUCCAGGAGCCUUACUUAAUGAGGUCAGCAGGGCGAUUGAAACAAUCUGUUCAAGGAAUCUUCAUCCACCGCAUCUCUUCCACCAGACUGGCUUGUUACCUACGGACCUCUUUGACAACCUUCUUUGCCUCAACGCCAAUGAAUUCCGCUAUCUGCCACUCUGGGACCCUGAUGGCAAUGACGACGGAACAGGAGGGGUGUUUGAGGAAGUACCCGUGCCGAAUCUCGAUCCUCUCCAAACAAGCAUCCAGAGUUUUGGACCGGGACGGAUCAAGCGAGGAUUCGAUCAAGCGGACACUGAGGCGGGCAGCGAAAUCGAAGAGAUCACGAGUUCCCAAGCAAUAAGCACGGUCGGCAAGGCCAGUAAACUCGCCACGGACGGCACUCGGACGGUGAAGAGCGUGUCGAGUGUCGGCACCAUCACGGUCAGCAGAGAAAUGGCGCUUACGGAUCUGGAUGAUCUUGAAGUCGUGGACCGCAAUGUCUCUGGUAUUGGCAAAGUUGCCGUCGGGACGGACAUUGCGAGUGACACGGAUAUGCUGAGCUUUGACGAACUCGACAACGACGAGGACGACGCUCAUGAUGAUAAUGAUGACGCAUUCGAUGAUGGAGACUCAUUUGUUGGCGAUGACAACUGGGAGGGCGAGCGAGCAGAAGGACUGAUCCCGCGACCCGACAUCUCUGCGAGCACUAACAAGGACACGGCCAGAGAUGGAGGUCAAUCGCGUCGUCGUGCAGAAACUGUCGGCAACGAUGAAUGUCAGACCGAUGACGGCAGCUCGGACUUUGAGACAAUCCCAAGGGCAAGAGCAAUAUCGAUAGACGAGGACGAGGACGAGGACAAAGACGUGGACGGGCUCAAGGACAGUGGAAAAGGGAAGGCCAAAGUACAAAACUUCCCGCACGGAUUCGUCCUCCCAGAUCUGCCGACCUACAACCAGGCCACCGACACGGAGAGGGAGCGAGUCUCCCCUCUUCUUCACCACCCAUAUCACGAACGUCCUCGUCUCAAUCCCCACUCUCACGCAUUCCACCACGUCCGUCGUCCUGGUCCCUAUCCCCUUUCCCAUCCUCAUCACGACCACAAUCACAACCACAACCACAACAACGCCUCAGGUUCGAGUUCCAACUCAGUCGUCUUAAUCGAGAGGGACGACAACCACCACCAUAUGGAAGAGGAGGAGGAGGACGACGACGACUUCGAACUCAUCUGA